UCAAUAAAAAAGAAGCUGCUUUCAAUCUUACCCGACAGUUGGGAAGUCAGUCGUAUAGCAUCUGAAUUUAACUGUUCUCGAAAAAUGGUACUGAAUCUUAAAAAUGAUAUCAGUGAAUCUGAGAAUGUUGAUUUAGACUCUGGUGAAAUGACUACUAAUACUUUGAAUCCCACAAAAGUUCCAGGCAAUCAGCCGCUUAAGUUAGAUGUAAAAAAACUUGUCAUUGAUUUUUAUGAAAGCGAAGAAAACUCAAAACAAUUAGCGGGCAUGAAAGAUUUUAAAUCUGUGAAGGAUUGUGAUGGAAAUCGAACUAGGGUACAAAAAAAAGUUGAUUCUUUGUAAUUUAAAAGAAUUGUACCAAAGCUUCAAAGCGCAAUUUAAUUCAGUGGCAAUCGGAUUUUCUAAAUUCGCUAGUUUAAGGCCUACUUAUUGUAUUAUUGCUGGAAGUAGUGGUACACAUGUCGUAUGUGUUUGUACUAUUCAUCAAAAUGUAAAAUUGAUGUUAGAAGGAUGUAAUUUUCCAAAAUUUUCGAAAAACACCGAUUGGGUUGUAGAAUCUCAGCCAAUUUACAAAAAUUUAUUAAAUAAAUUAGUUUGUAACAAUCCAAAAGAAUCGUGCUUUUCCAGAAUGUGCAAUAGUUGUCCAAAUAAUGAAGAAAUCGCUGAUUAUUUUCGUUUGUCAUUUAAUGAAUCUGAUGUUAAUGAAAUCCAAUAUAAAAUGUGGACAAUCAACAGACCGUUGUACUAUUGUGAAUGUUACUUCAGAUUCCGAAGACUUCAUCGAGACUUUAGUGACGCAACUUGAUAAGCUUUUGAAAAAUGAUUUUAUUGCGAAAACACAAAGUCGAUUUUUUUCUGAUACAAAACUAAAUUUAAAGAGCGGGGAAUUUGCCGUAGUAUUUGACUUUGCGGAAAAUUAUGCAUUCGUUGUGCAGGAAGCAGCUUAAGGCUUCCAUUGGAAUAAUGAUCAAGCUACUAUAUUUCCAAUGGUGAUUUAUUAUAACGAAAAUGAUACUAUUAAGCAUUUGAGCUUUGUUGGUAUUUCAGAUUGUCUUAAGCACGACACAUAUUAAUUUAUUUAUUUCAAGAACAAUUGAUUGCCUUUCUUAAAAAG